GCCACCUCUGUCAAGAUGGCGGCGCCCGUGUCCGUUAGAGCUGGAGCGGGUCGGGGUGACGGGGAGCAGGAGAGGGGAGGCCGGGAAGAGGGGCCCGAGGGCCGGCUGGAGCUCUGGGAGAUCCGCAGCCGGGUGGAGAGGAUGAAGAGGGAGGUGAGGAACCGCAGGAAGAUCCUCAUCAAAGGGCUCCCGGGGGACAUCAGCAACCAGGAAGUCCAUGACCUUCUUGGGGAAUACGAGUUGAAAUAUUGUUUUGUGGAUAAAUACAAAGGCACUGCCUUUGUAACGCUACUCAAUGGGGAGCAGGCUGAAUCCGCCAUUCGCCACUUUCACCAGACUCGUCUACGUGAACGAGAGAUAUCUGUGCAGCUUCAACCAACAGAUGCCCUCCUGUGCAUCGCUAACCUGCCACAAGGCUACACUCAGCAGCAGUUUGAAGACCUAGUCCGCCCAUUUGGUAACCUGGAGAGAUGUUUCCUGGUAUACAACGCUGCCACUGGCCACCCCAAAGGAUAUGGAUUUGUAGAGUACAUGAAGAAGGACUCUGCUUCCCGUGCCAAAUCAGACCUGCUUGGACGUCAGCUGGGAUCUCGCACUCUGUAUGUCCACUGGUCAGAUGUCAGUCAGCUAAGCUAUGACUUGCUUCACUCUCAUUGCUUGUGCGUGGAGCAGUUAAAGGAGUGUGAUGUUGGAGAGCUUAAAGAGGCAUUCUCAAAGGUUUGCGUACCCAUCUUCUGCCAGCUGGCUUAUGGUCAGGAUGGUCAAUUCAAAGGCUUUGCAGUUGUGGAAUAUGAUUCUGAAGUUGUGACUGAAAUUGCCCAGCAGCAGAUUGAUGGGGCGAUGGUUUGUGGAAGCAAAGUUCGGGUGUCCUUCUGUGCCCCUGGCCCACCAGGAAGGAGUAUGUUGGCUGCACUUAUUGCUGCACAAGCAUCGGCAUUAAAUCGUGGCAAUGGACUCCUUCCUGAACCAAACCUCCUACAAAUUCUAAACAGUCUGGGGUCUCCAGCAACACUGCAGCUCCUUUUAAGCCCCCUGCUACAUGGAGCUGCAGGAAAUAAACAAGGAAUCCUUGGAGCUCCCCCGGCACUGUCCCUGCUAUCAAACCCUGCUCUCUCUACUGCCCUCCUGCAGCUGGUACUGCAGGCCCAAACACAGGUAGGUCCUGGAAUUCUGGGAGAUUCCCCUCUUGCUUCAUUAUAUGGAUCUGUGGGCUUGUCCCCCCAGCUUACACCCACUGUUGGGAAAUCACUUCUUCCGGACUUGGGAGUUGCCAGUCCACUUAAUCCUGUUGGUUUGCCCUCUGACCUGGGUGCACCGCUGACACCUUUUCUAGGACAGAUGGGAUCUGAGUGGGAGAGUUCCACACCUUCAGUUAUGGGCAAUUUGGUUGGAAUGCAAAAGCCAGUGGAAUCUACGAUGUCUCUUCUUGGGGAACCCCCACGAGACUUGAAACCAGCUCAGUUUAUGGGUUACCACAACAGACUCCACAGCACUGGUUCCAUUGGGUCCCAAAGUAAGCAACCUCCAUAUAAACAAAAAUCUAUGAGUGGCCGACAUCAUCCUCCUUCCAAUCAGGACUCCUUAUUAACGCCAUCUGAUGGCUACCCCUAUGAAUAUCUAUCGGAUCUGACCCCUCAUGCAUUCUCACAAAGCAGGGAUCACACUGUACACAACUUGGGCAGCUAUGAGUCUAGGUUAAAGAUCUCUCCACCUUCCAGGUUUCGGGAACGCAGCAAUAGUGUCCCUGCCCCUCUGCCUCCAUUUAGUGCUGGGUCCGCAUCAUCUUACUUUACAAGUGGCUUACAGGCUGGGCUUCAGCAGACCCAUGUGACUAAAGCACCCAGUCUGACCCCAAGUAGCCCUGGAGGUGUAAUGCUGGGUUUUGAAGAUCAGGACUCUCCAUCUACAAAUGGACUUAAGACUCCUAUUGGGGCUCAAAAACGAGGCUUUUCACACCUGAUACCGUCUCCAGAGCCAAGUCCUGAGAAUGGAUACAUCGGACAACACUCACAAGGCCUGGGAGGGCAUUAUGCAGACUCUUACCUGAAGCGCAAGAGGAUCUUUUAGUGCAAAUGCCUCAAAAGCAUAGUGCCUCAUCUGUUUUUGUUUUUAAUUUAUAUAUAUAUUUUUUGUGAUUUCUUUUAUUUAUGAAUCCAAUUCUCCAGUAACUACCUGCUCUAACUGCUGUUAAUAUGUGGCAUGUCAGCUUAGGGGUUAUUGAAUGGUGAAUUGUCACAGAAUAUCAUGUAAUUCAAGGACAGAAACCUUAUGUUUUUCCUUCUGCCCACAAAUUAUGA